GCUUUUUAUUAUUUUUACUUAUUUUAAUUAUGAGAUAUUCCAUUAUGACUAAAUCAAUUAACGUUAAAUUGUCUAACAGUCAAAACAAUGACCUAAUGUUUCGGCUAAUAUAUAGGCCGCAACAUCUAAUUAGAUUCAAUCUCACUCUUUUAUUAAACUAAAAACCAUGAAGAACGACAAUAAUCAUUCUUCUCCCUUUAAGUUGAAACUUGAACAUCGACUUGUACAUCAACAAGAAGCAGAAGAGUUCACUAUCGAUGCUCAUGUCAAGAUUAUCCGACAAGGGCGGUCUCUUCCAUUACAAGAGGCCUUCUUCUCCUCCACUGUCGACAAUUUCAUAUUUGAAGACGAGGAUUGUCCAGAGAAAGUAGAACUCUACGAGUUAUUUAUGGACGCUGGAAUAGUCGAGUUAGAGGCUCAGUUUCUGCUUAUUGACAUGAUUUUGUACGUUUCUGAUAAAACAAAAUCGCUUGAUGACGAUUACAAAGGAGCUUUAACGUUGUCGGUCGAAGUUACAUUACCAUCGGAACCGGCCGAGCCGAUCCAUGCGGGUUCGGUGCAAACUCAAUCCCAAAAAGCAACUGGCAGACCGAAGAAGACGGUAGAGUUAAAACCAAAUCACAAAAUACAGAAAGUCAUGUACAAAAUUGGCGCUGAUGGCGUGUCAUUGGUCCGAUUCAACACAAGGUCACAAAGUAAUUAGGUAGGGUUUGUUACUUGGAACAGAAGCAAUGACUUUUAGGGCUUUUAAUCCUUUUGAAUUUUUCGUUUUUGGUUAAAAAAAUUAGGAUUUUGUCCUGUCCAUUCGAUUGGUGUUUGUUAGCCAUAAUACUAAUCUAAGCCAAUGAGGAAUUAGCCAUUGCAAAGCAGAGACGAUGCUAUUAUCUCAAGAUAAAGCGUCCUGUCUCUGAGAUAAACUAGAAUCGCGAGAUGAUAGCUAUACUCUCUCGCCUUUAUUCUAGCUAGGAGAAUAUAAAAGGAAUAUUACCCUUCGAUAUAUGUUGUAAGGUUCAUUGGUUGAUAAUCAUAUAUAUUCUUGUUUGAUUAGGUUCAUUGGUUUGUAAUCAUAUAGUCUUGUUAGACUAGAAAGUACAACAAAAACGAGAGUAAAGAGAAAAUGAAUUAAAAGAUCAGAAAUUCAUUUUUGUUCAAAAAAAAAGAUCAGAAAUUCAUAAAGACUAAGGACCAUAAAAAUAUGUUCGAAUAACAAAACACGUCUUACAAGAAUCAAUAAACCAAUAAUAGAAUUAUUAUUUUAUACA